UGGUACUAGCCACACAGGACUCCUACUGCUGACAAGAAUUUUAUCGCAGAUUACGGCAGUUUUUAUUUUUGUACCGUGGUUCAGUCAAAAACUCGGCUUUGAAAUUUAAAUCGUUGAAUUCAAUCACGCCAAACGAAGUCAUUGCACGAGCUGUGUGUGCUCGAGACGCCACAUUUCAGCCUUAUGAAGAUAUCUGAGGUCAAAGCAUCAGGGCCGUGCAUCACAGGCCAUGAUGUGGGUAGAGUGUAGGGUGCUGGAGGCUGGCUGUGGAGGCAGGAGGAGGUUUCUACGUUUGUCUGUCAUGAGACUUCCGUGCUCAUUCUGGUUUCUGCUACUGUUGGGCGCUGGAGGUCUUCUUCUGCUGCAUCUACAGGACCUCAUAGAGACACUCCAGCAACAGAACCAAGGUGCAAAGGUCAUAUUCACCCAAGUACAGUCAGUGAGGAAGGGACAGUGUUUUCAUUGUCUUGACAAUGACAGACAGGUGUCUGAUCCAGCAGAGGACAGCUUUCCUAGUCCUUCCCACCCUGUACAACUUCCAGUCUUGUCUUGGGCCCAGCGCUCCUCUCUAAUCAACCCCAGAGACAUCACUGCUUCUCACAUCACCAAGAGCCACCGUAAACUCCUCCUUAAGAGCAGUCCACUUACACAGCAGCCUUCCACUGACCCUCCUGGCCUUACCAAGAACAGCACAGAGCGAUUGACCCAGGUACAGCAGUUCCGUCAGAGGCUUAUGAGAGAGGUAUGUGCCAAAUACACAAGCAGAACAACUAAACAAACCAUAACCCGUACGCAUGUGUCCCGUAUCUUUGUGGAGGACACCCACAAACUCCUCUACUGUGAGGUGCCCAAGGCGGGCUGCUCUAAUUGGAAGAGGGUACUCAUGGUGCUUCAAGGUCUUGCCCCGUCCACUGGAGAGAUCCAACACGAUGAGGUACAUUAUGGGAAUCACCUUAAACGUCUUGACUCCUUUGACCACAAGGGCAUCAUCAAGCGUCUGGAGACCUACACUAAAGUCCUCUUCCUGAGGGAACCAUUUGAGAGAUUGGUGUCUGCUUUUCGGGAUAAGUUUGAGAGUCCAAACUCAUACUACCACCCGGUGUUUGGGAAGCCCAUUAUCUCAAGAUAUCGUACUAAUGCAACACAGUAUGCCUUGCGCACAGGAGCUGGGGUGACCUUCAAGGAGUUUAUCCAGUAUUUGUUAGAUGUGCAUCGGCCAGUUGGUAUGGACAUCCACUGGGAGCCUGUAGGCCAACUCUGCAGCCCUUGUUUACUCAACUACGAUUUUAUCGGGAAAUUUGAGACUCUGGAAGAAGAGGCCAAUUUCCUUUUGAGAAGCAUUGGAGCCCCUUCCAAUUUAACAUUUCCUAGUUUUAAAGAUAGGAACCCUAAUGCAGAGAGGACUUCCUCACAGAUUACAAGGAGAUACUUUGCACAGCUAAAUGCAAUGGAAAGACAGAGGGCGUAUGACUUCUACUACAUGGAUUUUCUGAUGUUCAACUUCUCCAAACCAUUUAAAGAUUUGUACUGA